AGUUAAGCACAAAAAACUCUGUGGUCGUGUUAAAAAAUUGUUCGUUUAUGUCAGUUUGUCAGUAUCGGCUGUCUUCUAAUUAUUUAUUCCAAAACAAUAUCAUAAAAUUGCUUUUUUAAUUUUUUACAAAAUUAUACUUAAAUUAAACAUCACAGUAUGGAUCACAUAGCAUCAGAAAAAGGAGAUACAACAGAAAAUCAAGAUCCAAAUUCUGUAUCGAAUGGCGCAACUAAAAUCAUGGAUAAACCCGUGGUCAACGAAAAAAUAUUGCAGAUAGAUCCACCAGCGGAGUGCUCAGCCGGUACAUCCGAUACCACAGAGGAAAGCGAAGUCUGCGAGAUCCCAGAACAAGUCGAAUUUACUGUAGUUUUUAACAAAGUGAAACAUGAUAUUACGUUUGCUUACGACGCCACAGUGUUAGAACUAAAAGCUCAUUUGGAAAGGAUAUGCGGCGUUCCGCAAUCAGCUCAAAAAUUAAUCAUCAAAGGUAUGGCUCGCGAUGAAAUGACGCUCAGGAAAGCUGGAAUCGUCAAAGGAGGAAAAGUUAUGCUUGUAGGAUCCAAAAUGGAUGACAUAUUGGCUGUGAAAAGUGUCCCAAAGGAAAUUUUAGAAGAAAAAGCUACAACCCAAACUAGUAAAGAACCAUUAUGCAUGCAAAAAAUUCAUAGGAAAGUACUUGAUAAAGGUAUUCCGCCUGAUGUAAUGCCAGGAAUUAAAGGAGUAAAGGAGCCUCUACCACCAGUACCUUUAAGUGGUAUGUUAAAUAAACAUGGCGGUAAAGUAAGAUUAACAUUCAAACCAGAUCAGGAUCAACUUUGGUUAGGCACUAAAGAACGCACAGAGAAACUUGCCAUGACUUCUAUCAAAAGUAUCACAUCUGAACCUAUAAAAGAUCACGAGGAAUAUCACAUCAUGGGUCUACAACUAGGUCCAACAGAAGCAUCUAGGUAUUGGGUUUACUGGGUUCCAGCUCAAUACAUUGAAGCCAUAAAAGAUGCAGUGCUUGGAGUUUGGCAGUUCUUCUAAUAAUUAAAAGUCAUAAAUCAUCAGUCACUAUCUACCUUUUCGCCAAAUUGGGUAGUUGCAAUAUGAAAUUAAUAUAAAAUUGUGUCAGUUUCAUUAGGUACAAUGUAAUCGUACCAUUUCUUUUGUGAUAUAGCUAUGCCAUGUCAAUUAAAAAUGUCCAUUUGAGAAUUGGCAACUAUCUGGUCAAGUGAGAAAUUAUUUAUUGUUAUUGUAAGUGUGCAUUUUAAUGCAUUCAGGUUCAGUGAGCGAUGCUGUGACUGGUACACAUGUACGUCUUUUAAGAAGCUUAUUGUCCCACAAGUUUCAAAUCUGAUCUCUGUCAACUUUACAAUAUUCAUUGUAUUCAGUGAAGGAUUUGACAUAAUAUUGCUCUUACAAUUUUUAUCUAAUAGAUGUUGUGUAUGGAUGAUGAUGAUAAAGAUGGUAAUAAAAAAGGGCUUAUUAUAUCCAAUCCUUCACUGAAUUUUUUAUCAUAGAAUUAGUCCAAUACAAUGUUUUGAAGAUUUUAAAA